AUGGUCAAGACUUCCGUCCUCAACGAUGCCCUUAACGCCAUGAACAACGCCGAGAAGGCCGGCAAGCGCCAGGUUCUGAUCCGGCCUUCUUCCAAGGUCAUCGUCAAGUUCCUCACCGUCAUGCAGAAGCACGGCUACAUUGGCGAGUUCGAGGAGGUCGAUGACCACCGUUCCGGCAAGAUCGUCAUCCAGCUGAACGGCCGUCUCAACAAGUGCGGUGUCAUCAACCCCCGCUACCCCGUCCAGCUCCGUGACCUCGAGAAGUGGGCUACCCAGCUCCUUCCCUCCCGUCAGUUCGGCUACGUCGUCCUGACCACCUCCGCUGGUAUCAUGGACCACGAGGAGGCUCGCCGCAAGCACGUUGCUGGCAAGCUCCUCGGCUUCUUCUACUAG